CUCAAAUCGUCAUCCACUCAUACAGACCUCUCUUUAUAAACAUCCCAACCUCGACCACAAAAGACCGCGUCUCUCAUCGACGCUCAGCACAACGGUACGCCGCAACCACAUCAUGGCCGCGAAACCAGCCACGCCCCUCGAGCGCCACUGUCUCGUAACAGUAGGCGCAACAGCCCGCUUCACCCAGCUCCUUACUGAAGUCCUCUCCGCCGCCUUCCUGGACCAUGUCACCUCGAAUCGCUACACGCACCUCACACUCCAAUGCGGCAAGGACUACGCAGAAUUUUCCCGCCAGAUGCUACCUCCGCUUUUGAAUCAGUACCCGGGAAUCGAACUCACCGCCUUUGACUUUGUCGAUGACCUGACCACCGAGAUGGUCAAGUGUAGAGCGCAGACAGGUGUGCGGGAGGCUGGCGUGGUCAUUUGUCAUGCAGGCACGGGAACCAUCCUCGACGGAAUGCGCGUCAGCGUCCCCCUCGUAGUGGUCCCCAACCCAACCCUAAAGGACAACCACCAGGUAGAGCUCGCCGAAGAGAUCCAGCGCCAGGGCUACGGGAUCUGGGGCCGCCUCGGCGACAUCGCGUGGGCUCUGGAGCAGCUGGCCCUGCAGCUCGAUAAGACUGAGCAGCAGUACCGGCCUCACCCUGUCGCGACGACGGGAGCGGCUCCGGUGGACGUGGAUGUCUGGCAGGUCAGCGGCGCGCUUAUGAACCGCUACGCUGAUGAACCUGGUCCUGCUGCUGCUGCGCCGGAGACAUCUGACGGCGGCGGUGCUGGAAAGGAGGUUCAGCGGGAGGAGGUGGCGCAGAUGACGAUGGGCUAGGAGUCUUAUCAAAACUGGAAGCCUUUUACAUUCCCAGAGGAAUCUUGGUUGGAAAAGAUUGAGGAGAGUACUAUGACGAAUACUCUAUGAGGUUGUAGGAGAGAGGACGGUCGAAGUGGGGUGCAUGGCAUGAACAAUGUAGCAACAAGCUUCCCCCUUAGACAAGAGAUACCCAAAGUCGAACGGCGUUCAUCGUCGUCGAGAUAACAACAUGC